AUGCAAUGGAUACACAAAUAUAUAAAAAAACCAACAACAUUACGUUCAUUAUCAACAUCAGCAACACAUAAUAAUAUUAAACAACCUUCAACAAAGUAUUUUAUUACAAAUACUGACGAUAAAAUAUCAACAGCAAUAAAUCGACCGAUGAAUUAUUCACUUGAUUCUGUUUUUAAUUUUACUUUAGAAUUAGAACAAAGAUCAACAGAUGAUAUUCAACGUCGACAUACAAUAAGAACAAAUGAUAUUGAUCCAUUAUUAUUAAAUAGUUUAACUGAUGAAGAAAAUCAAUUAAAUUUUUAA